AUGGAAGAGGUUCCUAAAAGUAAUGAAAACGGAGAAUCCAAACCUUUAGAGCAAAAUGAUAUUGAAGAUAAACCGGAAUGGUAUGAAGCGCAUAAAAUCGCAAUUCAGAAUGAUCAACAAUUUUACACCGAUCCUGUGACCGGUUAUAUGGUAAUGACAGAAUUAUUUCAUAAAUCAAGAGGUUACUGUUGCGGGAAUAAAUGUAGACAUUGUCCGUUUAAUCAUGAAAAUGUAGGGAAAAAUAUUGAUUUGAAAGCUCUAGCUAAUAAAGGUUCAGAGAGAAUUGAUGUCGAGAAAAAGGAAGACAAGGAUGAUGAAAAGAAGUAA